UGGCCGCUUUUGGUAUCUGCGAAAUUCGUCUCGUGAACAAGCACACCUCGAUUUCUUUCACCAUGAUACCAUGAUCAGUUCCACGUUGACGAAUUGACGACUAUCGUGGUGAACAGAACAGUGAUAAAGUUCCACGUAGCAUGAGGUAGAGCGUGGUCAUGAUAAUUGCACGUUAUGUCGGAACAUUGUAGGAUCAGUGGACGUUGAGAUAGAAUUAAUUCGUGUAUUCGUAACAGAAGCGUACCUAUUGAAUAACAGAAUUAAAAUGGGAUACUUAAACAUUUUCUUAAUCUUGAUUGUUUCAACAAUUGCACUCGCAGCAAAUGGAGCAUAUGUCUAUGCUCAAGAAGAUGAGAAUAUUGAUGAUAUUGUUGACGUAGAAGGUGAAGAAAGUAGUAUAAUAACUGAUGAAGAAACAGAAGAAGAUACUAGUAAUGCUUCAGUUGAUGCAGAUACGACAAUACUUUUUACAAAACCUAUUCAUAAUACGUUAUCUACUCUUGAAUUGCCAGCUGGAAAUAUAAUAGAAUUUCUUGUUGGAUUUAUUAAUAAGGGUGAAAAUGACUUUGUUUUGGAAUCAUUGGAUGCUUCCUUCCGUUAUGCAAUGGACUUUAAUUUCUAUAUUCAAAAUUUCUCUACAUUCACGUUUAACAAAGUUGUGAAACCGAAACAUGAAGCUACCUUAGCUUAUUCUUUUAUACCAUCUGAGAGCUUUGCUGGAAGGCCGUUUGGCUUGAAUGUUAACCUGAAUUAUAAAGAUACCAAUGGCGUUUCCUACAAUGAAGCUGUCUUUAAUGAAACUGUACAAAUUAUAGAGAUAGACGAUGGUCUUGAUGGAGAAACUAUUUUUCUUUAUGUAUUCCUCGCAGCAUGUGUUAUAUUGACCCUUGUAGGAGGUCAACAAUUAUUAUCAUCUCUGGGACGUAAAUCGCGUUCUUCUACUACUCGUAAAGUACCAGUAGAAAUGGGUACAUCUAACCCUAACAAUGUAGAUUAUGAUUGGCUGCCGAAGGAAACUCUCAAUAGAAUCAAUAAAUCUCCUAGAACUCCAAAACAAAGUCCAAGGCAAAGGAAAACAAAAAGAACAACUGGUUUUGAUGAUUAAAUUACAUAUGUGUGUAUGUGUGUGUGAGUAUGGUGUGUAUAUGUAUAUGUAUGUGUGUAUGUGUGUAAUGUGCGUGUAUGUAUGCGUGUAUGCGUAUAUAGGAUGUAUCUUAAAAAACGCCCACGAAUCAUAUGGCAUUAUUCCUGAUCAAAAACUGAGUCUAAAAUUUAUGAACCAUUUUGCAAUUUUCGUAAUAGCUAACGCGACAUUAGUAUUUAAAGAUUGUCGAAUAAGCGAAUGAAAUCAAUGAAUAAGAUAUCAAUUUUAAGAUAUUUUUCAGCAAUCUUUACGAAAUAUCUUAAAGAGGGACUCUUAAAAAUUUUUUGCAGUUGUCUUAUCGAUUUUAGAUAUUUUGCUUUUUUGUGGAAUAACUAAAAAAAAUUGCAAAAUGAUUCAUAAGUUUCAGAUUCAGUUUUUUAUCAGGAAUAGCGCAGGAAUAUCAUUUGUGAGCACUUUUUGAAAGACAUUUUAUAGGAUAAGUCUAAUAAAAAAGUUCACAAUUUUCAAUAAAAUAAUUAGAGAUAGAGGGUUGACAGUUAUAUCAAGAUUGUAGAAUAAAUAGGAGGCAUACUUCAAUGAU